AUCACUUCGGGAUAUCCACGCUCAUGUGGUCCUGAGCGAGAAAAGACACGGCCGAUUUCCACGGGAUGAUCACAUCGAUUACCGCCUCCAUUAUUGAUUUUUAUCGGGGGUGUUACCGACAACGCUCAGUCUUUUAAACAUAAACAUGGUUUCCUUCUUUGCCGCCUUCUGGAAGUGAUUGGCUGCAGGUGCGCCAGGCUCGCUUUGGCAAACAUGUCCUUUUGGGAGCGACGUUGAAGUGCACGACUUUGGGGAGUCCUCUUUGAUAAGAACUAAAAACAUUAAAAAUAAAUACAUCUGUGUAGCCAAGGACACCCUCUAUAAUCACCGCCAUGGCUUUUUAAAGUGACUGCGCGGGGAUUUUUUUUUUACCAUUUGGAAACUGUUGUGCAGGACUGGUUUGGGGAAAAAUGAAAGCAUCGAUUCCUUUUCUGAUCAUACUUCACGCAAUUGUGGUCCAUUGCCUGAAAGUGGUGUCAAAGAGAGGCUCGGUGGAAGGAUGCACAGAUUGGUCCGUGGACUAUCUGAAGUACAAAGUGCUCCUGGGCGAACCCGUUCGGAUUAAGUGUGCUUUAUUCUAUGGAUAUAUCCGGGCCAACUAUACGCAUGCUCAGAGCUCAGGACUCAGCCUGAUGUGGUACAAAAGUGCGGGACAUGGUGACUUUGAGGAGCCCAUCAGUUUUGAUGGCACACGUAUGAGCAAGGAGGAGGACGCCAUAUGGUUCCGGCCAGCUGAGAUGGAGGACGUGGGCUACUAUUCCUGCGUACUAAGGAACUCCACCUACUGCAUGAAGGUCUCCAUGUCCCUCACCGUGGCAGAAAAUGACACAGACCUCUGCUACAACGCCAAUAUGAGGUUCUUUGAGAAGGCGGAGCUGAGCAAAAGCAAGGACAUCACCUGCACUGGCAUCGAAGAUUACACCCAAUCAGGAGUGGAGCCUCAGAUCAAGUGGUACAAGGAGUGCAAGCCAAAGCAGUGGAGACAGACAAUCGAGAGGCGGAGCGACAUCCUCUCCAUCAAGGAAGUUCGGGAAGAUGACAUUGGGAAUUACACCUGCGAAUUACAGUUUGGGAACUUUGUGGUGCGGAGGACCACGGAGCUCUCGGUCACAGCUCCUCUGACAGACAAGCCACCCAAAAUCCUCUCCCCGUCCGAGAGCCAGACGAGCAUCAUCGAGAUGGCACCAGGGAGCCCGGCCAACCUGACGUGCAGAGCCUUCUUCGGCUACAGCGGCGAUGUCAGCCCGCUCAUCUACUGGAUGAAGGGGGAAAAGUUCAUCGAGGAUCUGGACGAGGAGCGGGUCCAGGAGAGCGACAUUAAGACAAUCCGUGAGCACUUGGGGGAGCAAGAGGUCUCCAUCUCGCUCACCGUUGAUUCCCUGGAGGACAGCGACCUGGGCAACUACACCUGCUACGUGGAGAACGGCAACGGUCGGCGACAUGCCAAUAUCCAACUUGUCAAGAAAGCUGAGCUCAUGUACACAGUAGAGCUGGCGGGUGGUCUGGGUGCCAUCCUCAUGCUGCUCAUCUGCCUGGUGACACUCUACAAGUGCUACAGGAUCCAGUUCAUGCUCUUCUACAGGAACCACUUCGGCAGCGAGGACUUAGACGGAGAUAACAAAGACUACGACGCCUACCUUUCCUACACAAAAGUGGACCCCGACCAGUGGAGUCAGGAGACCCGCGAGGAGGAACGCUUUGCUCUGGAGAUCCUGCCUGACGUGCUGGAGAAGCAUUAUGGGUAUAAACUCUUCAUUCCAGACAGGGACUUGAUCCCCACAGGAAGUUUCACCAGUGAUCAUUUCCAGGAUGACACCAGACUACUUAGAGCUUACAUCGAGGAUGUUGCACGCUGCGUGGACCAGAGCAAGCGCCUCAUCAUUGUGCUGACGCCCAGCUACGUGGUGCGGAGGGGGUGGAGCAUCUUUGAGCUGGAGACGCGUCUGCGCAACAUGCUGGUGACGGGGGAGAUCAAGGUCAUCCUCAUCGAGUGUGCCGAGUUGCGCGGCAUCAUGAACUACCAGGAAGUGGAGGCCCUCAAACACACCAUCAAAAUGCUGACGGUCAUCAAGUGGCGCGGGCCGGCCAGCAACAAGCUGGACUCCAAGUUCUGGAAGCAGCUGCUGUACGAGAUGCCGUUCAAGCGCACCGAGCCCCUGAGCAUCUCCCACGAGCAAGCGCUGGAUGUCAGCGAGCAGGGCCCCUUUGGCGAGCUCCAGGCGGUGUCGGCCAUCUCCAUGGCGGCGGCCACCUCCACCGCCAUGGCGACGGCACACCCGGACUUGCGCUCCACUAUCCACAACUCGUACCACACCCAGAUGAGGCAGAAACACUACUACCGCACUUACGACUACGAGCUGGCACCGGGGGGCACUAUGCCGCACCUGUCCUCCGGCAGAACCCAGCACACGUACUGCAACAUCCCCAUGACGCUCCUGAACGGACAGCGUCCGCAGUCCAAGUCCCCGCGGCAGCAGAGUUUGGAGGAAGGCCACGGCAACAACGCCAUGCUGCCGCUGUUGCCCCGGGAGACCAGCAUAUCUAGCGUCAUCUGGUGACCGAGCGCAGCUCUUGUCGUGUCUUAUCAAAGCGGAAAAAGGAAUAAGAAGCUCCUCCACGCCUGUAAAAAAAAAAAAAAAAAGAUGUAAACAUAAACCAACGCCGGCGAACAUGGCUGGGAAAGUGCCGGAAUACAGGGUCCUGUACAUAGCCUUUGUAAUUCUUUGUAGCAUUUCUUUUUGUCGAUAUCAUUUGGGACUUGGGUUUCUGAAGCAGCGUGUUUGCGUGCCAGUGUGUGUGUGCAUCAAGGGAGGGGUCGGGUCUCCAGGAGCAACGUCUCCGCUGCUGCGCCCACUGAAAAGGACACAAACUCAGGAGUCACACACGCCCCGACGAGUGGGAGCGACACCCGAGAAACACGGUGCUAGGCUACCAUCGCUCUUUCUACGACGAUGACAUGGACUCGUUGCUUACCUUGACAAACGAUUCUAUCGCAGAAAAAAAGCAGACGUAUAUUAUUUUAUGAAAAGAGUCUAUUUUUGUAACAGAGGGUUAUUCGCGGGUGACGUUAGCAGCGGAAGUCUAGUGAUGAAAUCACGGUAUGUCUUACAUAGCCAGAUGGCCAAUACGGUAUUGACGUGCAAAAGUCUGAGGACACCUUUAGAUUUGGUACCAGGAAGUCACAACUGUUAGCAGUCGUGUUGUUAUAUAGCAGGGGUCCAUGGAGGACAGCAACUUCUGGGACUCAAAUGGAAAAAAUCAAUCCAAUGGAGUCUUUAAUAGACCAAAUCGGUUUGGGUAUCACUUUGAUACUUAACCUGACUCUCGCCAGACCCUUUAGUUCGCUGAGCUCCACACAAGGGUCUGGGCUCGAAGGCAUUGCAAACUCCUUCAAGAUAGCAAAAAAUAAUGAACCAAUCACAAUCGCCGGGCGGGAUUUCAUAGAUGUGACGUAGCGCCGAAGCGACUGUUUGAUUCAAACAACAAUGGUGGCAUGCAGCGAGUUGAGUCGUGUUCUGACAGUGAUUCUGCUAUUGCAACUGUUUUGUCGAAUCUAUAGAAUAUGAAUUAUUUAAAAGAUGAACAGAGAACGGUUUGGAAGGCAUUCAUUGGUGGCAAGGAUGUUUUGGCUCUUCUUCGGACCGGGUUUGGAUUUCCCAGCUCUCAUCAGCGUCACGGGUUCAUUUCGAUGUGAGUGGUUGAAGUAGCACGUCAUUCAAGAUAACGAACAAGUGGUUUAUCCAAUCACACACAAUUAUUUUUUUUACUUCUGAAAUACAUCUCCUAUUUAGAACUCCAAGAUCCUUGUGUAGAGCUCAGCGAACUACAAGGAUCUGGCAAGAGUCAGGUUAGCAACGAUUCAACUAUGAACAAUUUUGUAUUUAUAUUGCCGUAUUUUUUGGACUAUAGAACGCUGUGGGAUAUAAGCCACACCCACUACAUAUUAGGGGGAAAAUAAGAUUUUUCCAUGUAUUAGCCGCACCGGACUACAAGCCACAGUUAUAUACGUCGUGAAAUGAGUUAAUUACACAGAAACAUUCUCUAAAUGUUUAUUUAUUUACAUACCUUAAUUGUUUCCAAACAGUGUCUGAAACACAGCAGUAAAAUGGAUGAUCAAACAAAACAGAAGUCAUCGUCAUGGACCCACUAGAUGCGGAAGCUAACUCUUCAAUCAGCUUAACAGACGCAAUAACUCCACGGUGACGUUUUGGUCAAUUUACUGAAGAAUUACAGUAAGUUAACCUUUAAUUGUAAAUUAAGUAUAUUAACACAGACACUUGUAAACAUUUUAGCAUAUUCGCUAAUGCUAACGACGCUAGCUUGAUUACAUUAUAAUAGCACAUACAUGCACCAAAACAUUCCUACAGGCCUCACACAUGAGAUGAUUUAGUAAUCAUGAAUUGUUUUAGUUAUAUAGUAAAACGUUCAAACGUUCAAACGUUGCUUGGUGUGAUAAAUGAAGAAUACUUUGGAACAGAAACGCUUUGGACGGUUGUACCUCCGGUUCAAAGGACAAAAAAGGAAAACACAUUUUCAUCCCGCAGCACUUGCAGUGAGCACAUUCCUCCAGAAGAUGGCGCCAUAGCAUAAGCCAUAAGACACCUUCGCAGUGUGAAUACAAAACCCAAAACCAGUGAAGUUGGCACGUUGUGUAAAUGGUAAAUAAAAACAGAAUACAAUGAUUUGCAAAUCCUUUUCAACUUAUAUUCAAUUGAACAGACUGCAAAGGCAAUAUACUUAACGUUCGAACUGAGAAACUUUUUUUUUUUUUUUUUUGCAAUCAUUAAUUAGAAUUUAAUGUCAGCAUUACAUUGCAAAAAAGUUGGCACAGGGGCAUGUUACCACUGUGUUACAUGGCCUUUCCUUUUAACAACACUCAGUAAACAUUUGGGAACUGAGGACACCAAUUUUUGAAGUUUUUCAGGUGGAAUUCUUUCCCAUUCUUGCUUGAUGUACAGCUUAAGUUGUUCAACAGUCCGGGGUCUCCGUUGUGGUAUUUUAGGCUUCUCAUUGCGCCACACAUUUUCAAUGGGAGACAGGUCUGGACUACAGGCAGGCCAAUAUAUGUUGCUCCAAAACCUGUAUGUAACUUUCAGCAUUAAUGGUGCCUUCACAGAUGUGUAAGUUACCCAUGUCUUGUCUCCACAGUUUCCAAAAACAAUUUAAAAUAGGAACUUGUCUGACCACAGAACACUUUUCCACUUUGCAUCAGUCCAUCUUAGAUGAGCUCGGGCCCAGCAAAGCCGACGGCGUUUCUGGGUGUUGUUGAUAAAUGGCUUUCACUUUGUAUAGUAGAGUUUUAACUUGCACUUACAGAUGUAGCAACCAACUGUAGUUACUGACAGUGGUUUUCUGAAGUGUUUCUGAGCCCAUGUGGUGAUAUCCUUUACACACUGAUGUCGCUUUUUCAUGCAGUACUGCCUGAGGGAUUGAAAGUCACGGGCAUUGCCGUUUACGUGCAGUGAUUUCUCCAGAUUCUCUGAACCUUUUGAUGAUAUUACGGACCGUAGAUGGUGAAAUCCCUAAAUUCCUUGCAAUACCUCGUUGAGAAAUGUUGUUCUUAAAAUGUUCGACAAUUUGCUCGCGCAUUUGUUCACAUUUGCCCCAUCCUUGUUUGUGAAUGACUGAGCAUUUCAUGGAAUCUGUUUUUAUACCCAAUCAUGGAACCCACCUGUUCCCAAUUAGCCUGUUCAAUUUUUUUCAACUUUCUCUGUCUUUUUUGCCACUUGUGUCAGCUUUUUUUAAACAUGUUGCAGGCUUCAAAUUCCAAAUGAGCUAAUAUUUGCAUAAAAAUAACAAAGUUUACCAGUUCGAACGUUAAGUAUCUUGUCUUUGCAGUCUAUUCAAUUGAAUAUAGGUUGAAAAGGAUUUGCAAAUCAUUGUAUUUUGUUUUUAUUCACGAUUUACACAGCGUGCCAACUUCACUGGUUUUGUACAAAACAUUAUGGCAGUUAGCGAUAAACAAAUCCAUAAAUUAGCCGCACCGUUUUAUAAGCCGCGGGGUUCAAAGCAUAGGAAAUAAGUAGCGGCUUAUAGUCCGAAAAAUGGGGUAACUAUUUAUGGUACUUAUAUUAAAUAUAUGUCUUCUUAGAUUUUCAGUCCGUUUCGAUAUCAACACCCAUCUCUAAUCCUGCCUGCUGUAUCGAGCUUGUCUACUAUUGUUGGUCGUAAAGAUCGUGUUGCCCUGAGACUUUUGCACUGUACUGUAUUUUGUUGUAUCCUACUAAUAAUAAUAAUAAUAAUAAUAGGGGCGAGUUGUGACACUGUUAGCGCACCGCUGGUAGCACCUUGGAAGGGUUGGCAGCACCUCGAUGCAACUACGCUGUUGAUGAUCGGGUCUGAGGAAAGCGCGUCGCCGCCCGCUCCCGGUUCCUGCUGUCGGACUCGGGCUAAACCAGCACUCCUUCCUAGAGGACAGCUCUGUUAAGCCCAGCACCAACUUGUCUUGCCAGCAGGACACAGGCCAGUUACACAAUAGGGCUUUGACCUUUGAACUCAGGACCAUGUUAUGUGUUGUUAGUUUACCGUGCGAAAAAAAAAAAGCAGGACUCGGUCAUGGCUCCAUCCGGCACCAACAGGAUCAAUCGCUAUGGCAACAGUCAAACUGAUCUGUGUUCUACUUCAUCCCAAAGGUGUUUGACAGGGUUGAGGUCAGGGCUCUCAACUUCUUCCACAUCCAACUCAUAAUAAUAACGGAUCGAGACACUUGACUCGCUCGAGUCACAGGGCGCGUGCAAGUUCGCACAUUGAGUCGAACGCCGUUUGGAACAGUUGGUGACAUGUCGGCUGGUCUCCUUUUUUUUGGAUUAAGCUAGCGGUCGCAGGGGCGAGUAAGUGAGGGAGUUAACGGAGACCAGUACCCGUGAGUCAGGUUUGGUUGAACAAAAAAAGGUCUACAGCAGUGGUUCUCAAACUUUUUUCACCAAGUACCACCUCGGAAAACACCAAGAAACACCCUAAUGACCAUUAAUAAAAUACAGUAGCGUAGUAGGGCUAAGUAUUCGUUAAAAACAACGCGGGGUUUUAUUAAACAAGUAUAUUUAAUAUUUUUGCCCCCAGUUUGAAAAGUAACACUGUGUUUGAAUACAGGAAAACAAAACACUACUUUAAUCAAGUUAUUCUUUGGCGUACCACUAGAUGGAGCCCACGUACCACAGUUUGAGAACCAUUGGUCUGGACUGUCAAACAAUGAGCUGUUAAGAACCAGGCUUAUGAUAUUUCCAUCCUCUCGAUACAUGACUGAGCAAACACAAACAGGACACGUCCUGCACUGGGCCGGAUGACGUGCGUCCUCACAGCAAUGUGGGGGCGCCGUUUUGCCAGUUUUUUUUUUCUCCCAACAGUGCUGCUAGUUUUUAUGAACGUAAAACUGAAUUAUGAACUAUACCUUACACAAGUGAUAUUUCAAACGAUACGGACAAGGAGUGAUACUGUGUAUUUCGAUACCUCGAUGUGUGUGUCACUUUAAAAAAAAAAAAAAACACCAUGUGACCGAUACAGCUGCUAUGUCAUUUGACUGUUUUUAUCAGAGGGCGCGUCUGAGCGUGCGAGCGACAGCUCGUACGGAAAGGAGUGGCGUGCUGCUUUUGACAUCGGUUUACAUGACAAGAGUUGAAAAAAAACGAAAAAUUCCAAAGUUUGGGAUUAUUUUUGGAUUUGAUAUCGCCAAAUAAGGUAACAUUUCCUGUUUACUAUUUGGCUCAUUUCAGAUUCCUUUCUGCACAGAUACUUGCUCUCAAAAAAACAAUCAUAUUUGCUAUCAAUUUUAUUUGCUUUUUUGACUCCAGCAGAUGGUGCCAUUACGAAACACCAACACAGUAUCAGUGUGGCGUCAAUACAGCCAGUGAGUGUACCACACACUCACUUAUCCAACACUACUGUACACAAUCUUUGGCUAUUGUUAGUCAUGAGCGACAUCAAAUUGGCUUUAUACGAUAUUGUUCCUCUAAAUCAUUUUCAUCUUCCCGUGCGAUCAUUUGUCAUUCAAAUUGAGUUUAGUCUCAAAUUCAAAUUCAGGUUGCAAACAGAAUUUGAAUUGCAGUUCAAAUUUGAAUUCAAGGAUGUACAAAUGUCAUUCCAUUUAAUAUUAUUGGUACAGUGUAUUCCAUACAUGAUAAUUUUACAUAUUUGAUAGUAUUGCCCUGCACCUUUGUUUCUUCAACUUUUUGGUCUAAAAGAUGGAGUUUUGUUUACCUCAUUUACACAUUAUAUUUUAAUGACAGCAGAUAUAAUAAAGAAUAAAAGCAUCUAUUAAUCAGAUCAUUAAAUUCUAAGUAUUUUCACUUUUUAAUGAGGGGAAAUGAUGGAAGCAUACUUCAUUCCCCAGAAUACUUUUCUUAAUCCAUAUAUUGUCUCAUUUGAGUGCCCGUAUUUUUAAUAUAUCAGGCAAUUAUUACUUUUUUGUAAAUUCUCCGAAUUGCAAAGAAUCUAAUUAUUCUUGUAUUUCAAAUUCAAUAUCCUGUGGGGUGGAUUCACUUGAAUUUCACAUUCCAAUUCGUACAAAUAUAUUUAAUUGAAUUCCUCAUUUAUAAUUGUCCCCCGACCUGCUGCGGAGAACCAACAGAUAUAAAAGUCAAGAUAUGUGACGGUUGAUUUUGCCGUUUGGCUUUCUGAGGGAGAAAGGUGGAUAAGAAAAAAGUAUGUCAAAAUACUUACAAGUUCGGCUGAAUCCCAAUCCUGCCUAGGUCCUUCUCCCUCCAAUUUAGGACCAAGACUUAGUGCCAGAAAACACGCCCUUAGAAAUGAUACGCCACUCAUUUUAUAUAUGUGAUUAUUGUUAUUAGUAGUAGUAUUAGACCAAUAAUAAACUAUAAAAAGGAAACAUUACAAUAUUCAAAAGCUAUCAUGUGUACCAUAGUUGCGUAGGUAACUUGUAUGAUGAUCAAUAGAAAGAAAGAAACAUGCUAAACAAGUCUAAUGUAAAAUCUGAAGGUAAAUCUACCUUCUAAUCUAAUCUACCAGCUGUUUAUUCACACAGGAAAUGUAGUAAAUUGUAGUGAAGUCUGUUUUGCUGGUCUGACAUCGUAGGUUUUUUUUUGCUAAAGUCGCGUUAGCUAGUUCCUAAAACAAAUGAUUUUAAAAUAAAAAGAUUCUAAACAUUGUUUGUGUAAAUUUCUCAAAAGCAGAUUUUCUGUCUAAUCAUUCAUGAAAUGUGGUUAAUUGUAGUAAAGUUCAUGUUUUGCUAGUAUGACAUUUGUAGUUUGCUAGCUACAGCUGUGUUAGCUAGCUCCCAAGUCAAGCGAUUUUAAAAUAAAAACAACAUUCUAAACACGACUAAUGUAAAUUCCGAAAACAAAUUAACUGCCUAAUCUUUCAUGAAAUGUAGUAAAAUCUUUUUGCUGUUGGUCUGACAUUGUAGUUUUUUUGCUAAAGUCGCGUUAGCUAGCUCCUAAAACAAGUGAUUUUAAAAGAAAAAGAUUCCAAACAUGGCUUGUGUAAAUUCUUAAAAGCAGAUUAUCUGUCUAAUCAUUCAUGAAAUGUGGUUAAUUGUAGUAAAGUUCAUGUUUUGCUAGUAUGACAUUUGUAGUUCGCUAGCUACAGCUGUGUUAGCUAGCUCCCAAGACAAGCGAUUUUAAAAUAAAAACAUUCUAAACACGGCUAAUGCAAAUUCCGAAAACAAAUUAACCGUCUAAUCUUUCAUGAAAUGUAGUAAAUUGUAGUGAAGUCUGUUUGCUGCUAGUCUGACAUUGUAGUUUUUUUUGCUAAAGUCACGUUAGCUAGCUCUUAAAACAAAUGAUUUUAAAAGAAAAAGAUUUUAAACAUGGCUUGUGUAAAUUCUUAAAAGCAGAUUAUCUGUCUAAUCAUUCAUGAAAUGUGGUAAAUUGUAGUAAAGUUAAUGUUUUGCUAGUAUGACAUUUGUAGUUUGCUAGCUACAGAUGUGUUAGCUAGUUCCCAAGACAAGCGAUUUUAAAAUAAAAACAACAUUCUAAACACGACUAAUGUAAAUUCCGAAAACAAAUUAACUGCCUAAUCUUUCAUGAAAUGUAGUAAAAUUGUAGUGAAGCCAAUUUGCUGCUAAUGUGACAUUGUAGUUUUCUUGUGAAAGUCACGGUAGUUAGCCCCUAAAACAAGUGAUUUUAAAAGAAAAACAUUCUAAACAUGGCUUGUGUAAAUUUUGAAAAGCAGAUUAGCUGUCCAAUCAUUUAUGAAAUGUGGUAAAUUGUAGUGCAGUCCAUUUUUUGCUAAUAUGAAAUUUGUAGUUUACUAGCUACAGCUGUGUUAGCUAGCUCCCAAGACAAGCAAUUUUAAAAUAAAAACAUUCUAAACACGGCUAAUGUAAAUUCUGAAAACAAAUUAACUGUCUUAGCAUUCAUGAAAUGUAGUUAAGUCUGUUUGCGAGUUGUCUGACAUUGUAGUUUACUAGCUACAGCUGCGUUGGCUACCUUGUAUGACUAGUGGUUUUAAAAUAAAAGCAUUCUAAACAUGGCAAAUGUAAUUUCUGAAAGUAGAUUAGCUGUUUACAAUGUGGUCAAUUGUAUUGAAGUCGAAUUGCUGCUCAUUUACUAGCGACAGCUGCGUUAGCUAGCUCGCAUUAUGAGCUUCAUUCAAACAAAAUCCAAAACCCGGCAAUGUUUCCGUAACGUAACAAAUGAUUGAAUACCUGAUAAAACAAGAGUGUCAUUCAGGGCUGCAACAACUAAUCGAUUAAAUCGAUUAAAAUCGAUUAUAAAAAUAGUUGGCGAUUAAUUUAGUUUUUUUGUUUUUGUUUUUUUUAAUAAACCUAUAUUUAUAAACUGCAACAUUUACAAACAGCUGAGAAACAAUAAUCAAAAUAAGUAUGGUGCCAGUAUGCUGGUUUUUUUCUCAAUAAAAUACUGGAAAGGAUAGAAAUGUAGUUUGUCUCUUUUAUCCGAUUAUUAAUCGAUUAAUCGAAGUAAUAAUCGACAGAUUAAUCGAUUAUCAAAAAAGUUGUUAGUUGCAGCCCUAGUGUCAUUACCAUAAACAUCAGCAAUUAAACCUUCUCUUAACCCUAAAAGAGAAUUUGGACACCACUUGCUGGAAGUGAACGCACACAACCGAGGGCGAAGGCUAAGACAAGGACCAUGGGGAGAAUUGGGAUUCAGCCUGGAUUAAAGUGAAAGUUGUUUUAGUUAUUGUUCUGUAUUUCCUGCUUUUGUCAUCUUUCUCACUAAAAUGCAACAACAGGACAGAUGUAUUUUGUCUUUAGCGGUCAACCGUUUGAAUGAUAAAAAAGCAGAAAGGAUGGCGUCGUGCACACAUGACUAAAACAUACAAAGAUGAAGACUUGGAAGAAGACAAUCGAGCAUUAUGGGGGGAGUUCAAAAGUCACCUUGUUGGAAGAGGACGCCCCUUUUUUUUUCUUUUCACAGUGGAUAUUUGUGGUGACACGGCUGUGAUGAAGAGGAGUAAAAAUGACAAAUAUAUAGCACACAAUGAAUCCAGGCACUUUCACUACAGCGCAGAGCCAGUGGUCUCUUCUCUUUGUUUGUUUUCUAUCAUGUAUAUGCAAUGUACAUGAAAACAGAUGUUAUUCAUUAAAAAAAAUUUAAAAACACCAUCCGAGUCAUUUGUGUGUGAAA